UCGUGCUGCUGUGGUGUCUGCUGGAGUCUCAUGCUUUUAUCCAGGAAAUGGGAAAUGUGGUGACCCACCAGCUCUCUGCAGGGCACUCGGAAAAGCUUUGUUGUUUUGUGUGAGGUGGACUCGCUUGCUCAGAUGGAGGAAGUUACAUCAGUAUGCAUAAUGAAGCAACGGGAGAGGAGUCCGGCCGUUUGGAGGUGGACUCUUCAGUCUGUCCUCACGAUCCGCAGCUGGCAGUGUGGAGAACACCCCGAGAUCAUUUGAGGAGUGCGUAAAAUCCACACGCAAAAGAGGGUGGAGGGAAUCUGGCAGAGAUGUCAAGUGAAAUUAUUGGAAGAGCAUGGAGUUGAGUUACAGGCUGCAUUGUCUUGACGAGGCUGGUUUUAUGGGCUACUUUUCUUUGUGCUGAAUUCAGAGGACGCGUCAUUAUGCAUCACCAGGCGGCAGCUCCAAAGGCAAGAGGUGAUAAUUAUCUGAGCAUAAAGCUCUGAAUCAUAAACCCAGUGAUGCUUCCGUGAUCUAUGGGGUAGUAGAAUAUGUGGAAUCAUUCUGCUCUAAUCAACAGGAAGCUGUGGCUGCAAAGGGACUUUGGUGCCUUGUGCAACAAUGGUCAACGGACUGCUUAGAGCAGAGCUACUCUCACGCUUGGGAGUCCCCAAACUGAACUUAUGACCAUCUUUGGAGCCCUGCCACAAGAUGGAUUCGGAAUCCCUUGAUACCUAUAUCCAGAGCACUCUUUCUUCUCUCUACCCUCCAUUUGAGGCGACUGCCGCUACCGUUCUCUGGCAGCUCUUCAGCAUUGUUGAAAAGUUCUACCGUGGAGAUGGUCUCAGAUGUCUAAUUGAUUUCCUCGUCCCUGCCAAGAGAGUCCUGCAGUGCAUCCAGCGGGAAUCCUGUGGCAAUUAUACCGGCCUUAUUUUCUACCAUGAAGGAUGGCCAUUGUGCAUCCAUGAGAAAGUCGUCGUACAGUUGGCCGCUCUCCACAGAGUUCGUUUAAAACCGGGGGAUUUUUACUUCCAAAUCGUGCCCGUGGGAAAGCAGUCGGCCAGCCUAGUAUUAAAAUGCCUCUCCAGACAUGGGCCAGGAAUGGAAGAAGUCGUCGUACCUGAGACCAUGUAUGGCUAUAUUUUCACGGCAGAAUUUUUGGAAAACGUAAAUUGUGAACGGGAUGGCUGCCCCCUGCAGAGCUGCCUGCUGACCACUGGCCCAGCCACCUAUAGGACUCCUUGGAAGAAUAUUGUCAAUCCUAUCUUUAUUCUGACAGCCGAAACCAUCCUGCAAAACUAUUCUGGUAAUUCUCUGCUGGAGAAGUUCAUCCUCAACCACCCUGAUGCUGAAGCCAUGGCCCAGUCCAUGGGAAGCAGCAGCUCUCGCGAGAGUUCCACGUCUAAUGACACGGGUUCUACCACAAUAGAGGUACCUCUGGCAGACAGACACCACAAGCAGAAUGAAGACAGUUCUGUUGUGAAUCGUGACCCCGAAAACCAGGCCGGAGUGGAGAGCUCGGAAACUUCUGCUGAGGAUGGGAAAGGCGAGGAGCCAAAUCCAAGAGCACUUUGUGAAGGAGACUUGCCUGCCUACCCCAUUUCUGGCCAAGCCACUAGGGAGCCUGGAAAGCCGUUUCAGUCGACGCAAGUUUUUUUGAAAGAUGAUGCACCAUCCUCUCCGCUAGUGAAAAGGAACGGUGCUAGAAGCAUAACUUUUGGUACCGACUUGAGCAGCCCGCGUCAAAGAAGUCGAGAUUCCAUGUAUUUUGAAACAAAACGUUUGUUUAGAAAGUCGUACAUAGAAGCACUGCAGAACCCGAUGAACCUGGGUUCUAGCUCUGAAGAAUCGAUUGCCGAAGAAGAACUUUCUGGGCUUGUAAUGGAUUCAGGAGAAGCAGGGAAUGAGUCCCGGGUUCCUGGGAGCAAAAUAUGUCUUGUCGAGCAGGAGAGCUUCUCAGGCAAAGUUCAAGUAAGAGAGGAAGAACCAAAAGAGGGUGUUAAGUUUGGGCAUCAUUCCCGAGCUUCAGAAAAACUGUUUGUACCUAAGGAAGCUGCUUCCAUAGACCAAGAUUCUAGAAGAUCUCGGUCUUUAGAUAGGACACUUAAAAGUUCACUAAGUAAGGAUCACAAGGCCAGGGCUUCCUCAGAUGGAAUGUUUGGUGCAAAUCCCAAAAAGCUCUUAAACGGACAUCCUGAGCAGCUGGAGAAACUGAAUACACACUUCCAUGAACUCACCUCUUCAGAAAACCAAAAAUCCAGCCGAGGGGAUGAAGACCCAGCAAGAGACUCCACAAUCGGUUUCCAGAGUUGCGAGUCUAAUGAAAACGUGGCACCUCUAGAGCUUCCGUGUGAGAACGAAUUCUCGGCAAAUAGCGGGGAUCCUGACUGUACUUUUCCAAACCAGUCGUUUGAAGUGAAUCAAGAAUUAUUGCAGUCUGGAAUAAUAACUCUUUGUGGAAACAGGGACCGUGGUGGAAGAGCCGUGGUGCAGGUCUGCAGUAAGAGCAGUGUGUGGUUAAGUGAGCACUCCAGAGUCCGGGAGCUCACUCGGCUCCUGAUGUAUCUCUACAGCAUUCCCAGAAAGGAAGUCCGUUCGUUGGGACUGCUCGUUUUAGUGGAUGCUCGCAAAAGUCAGAAUGUAUCUGUCUUUUUCAAAGCCGUGGCAGCUUUACAGGGUGCAGUUCCUCACUGUGUUCACAGCGCUCUGAUAUUGACUGAUAAGGAAUCCACUUUUAAGCCUGACAAAGAGGUUGCUUUUCAGUGUGAAGUUCUCACCUCACUGAAGGCUUUGCUGAGGUACCUUGACUGCACCCAGCUGACAGACGAGUUCGAUGGAAUUUUCCCCUACAAUCACAAUGACUGGAUACGUUUCCGAAGGAAACUUGAGCCAUUCAUUACCAACUGCCAAGAAGCCAUUGUUUUCUUACAGUGUUCUGCAUGUUCAUUCAACAGCACCCAAACACCAGUCACUGCAGAGGAAGCAAAUGACUUGAUACUCAAACACAAGACAAUGAUGAAGCUGGUUCUGGAAGAGGAACUGCUGGUGACCUUAAGACUUGAGGGCGGGACAAUCUUGGCAAGACUUAGAAAAGAGGAAUUCUGUAAUACUGAUGAUUAUCGAGAUGCCAUGGAAACCGCUACGAGGCUCUAUAAUCAGGUGGAUGAGGAAGUUCAUAGACUGGUUCUGUUGUCUAAUAAGCGCUUGCAACAACUGGAGAAUUUUUUGGCAAUGAGGAAAUUUGAAGAAGGCUGUGAUCAGAUAAAAGCUUGGUUUGAAAAUGAGAGCAAGAAAUAUCUCGGCCCUUUGGAUCAAGAACAGCUUUCCCUUGAAAAUGUGAAAACGAAGCAGGAAGAAUUCCAAGAUUUCCAUGAAAGAGCAAUGCAAUAUUCCCAGAAGGGACUACAGGUCAUCAAGGAGAAUUCUGCAUUGAACUCCGAAGAAGAGUUUCAAGCCUUCAGUACGUAUCUGAACAACAUCCCCAUUCAAACAGAGAAGAGGAGGAGGGAGCUGGAGAAGCUGGUCAAGUUAUAUGAGUUUUAUGAAACGGCUCACAGGUGGAUGGUUCAUUGCAAGGAGUAUCUUGAGCACCUUUCAGUGGAAGCCAGAUAUUCCCCAUCGGCAAUCCAGUGUUUGCAAAGUUACCACCAAGAAGCUGCGAAGGUUUCUGCGGAGAACUUUCAGAGAGUCAACGAGGUUAUUAUUGCCCUGGGUAGCAAAGAGGAACUAAACCGGUGGAAUAUCUUAUGGCUGAAAUGUCAGCAGGCCAAGCACCACUUAGAAGAGGUCCUUUCUGAAGCCCUUUCCAGCAAAGAAGAAGCCAGCAGUCCUCUCAGUGAGACUUGCCAAAGGGUUAGCCAUAGACCAGGAGGCGAGUCUGGAAUUCAGCACUACUGUACCACUAGCCCUGAUGAUAGCUUGUGGGACACUAAGUCGCUCUGUAUGUUUCAGCAGAGCGGCUUGCCAGUGGACGUCUCUCUUUUUGACAACCAAAGAGAUGCCACUCAAGCCACAGAGGCAUUUUCUCCUGUUAACCCUUCCCAGCUGCAAGCACUCCUACCACUGUUGGGCAGGUUUCAAAGGACUAGCUGUGCUUCAGAAGAUUUGGACAACAUCUCCACCUGCUAUUCGGAGCCAGUCCAAACUCCCACCACCCGUCACAGGAAACACCCGCUGAAGAAGAUAAUGAAGAAGACACAGAGCUUUGAACUGACCCGACAUGAGAGCAGCCACUGUGAACAGCAUCACCCGGGAUAUAAUGGAGUUUACAUCAGAGGGCUGGAGGUAGCCAGUAACGUCGCCGCAGAGACGAGACACACGCAGCGUUCAAACGUUAAAAGCCCUUUGAUUGGUAGAAAUCGCAGCUUAUCAUCUCCGUCCAGAAUUCACCAUGUGGCAGAAGACGACGAGAGAAAAAGAGCGGGAAGUAGCAAAGUGCACCAUAUAAUGGAUGAGAUGAUCACCACAGAAAGGGAAUAUGUCAGAUCCUUAGGCUACAUCAUUGACAGUUACUUUCCAGAAAUGGAGAGGGUCGACUUACCUCAGGACUUGCGAGGGAAACGCAACAUCAUCUUUGGGAAUUUGGAAAAGCUCUAUGAUUUCCACUGUCAUUAUUUCCUGAAAGAGUUGGAACGUUGUACCGACAACCCGCUGCGGGUCAGCCAUUCUUUUCUCAGACAUGAAGAACACUUUGGGAUGUAUGCCUUGUACAGCAAGAACAAGCCACAGUCGGACGCUUUACUCAUAAGCCAUGGAAAUACCUUCUUCAAAAACAAGCAACAGGAACUGGGGGAUAAAAUGGACCUGGCUUCUUACCUGCUGAAACCUAUCCAGAGGAUGAGCAAAUACGCUCUCCUUUUGAAAGAUCUGAUCAAGGAGUGCUCAGCCGCACAAGAACAGGAGCUCAGCGCCCUUCGUGCUGCAGAAGAAAUGGUCAAGUUUCAACUUCGCCAUGGGAAUGAUUUGCUUGCUAUGGAUGCCAUCAGAGGAUGUGAUGUCAAUCUGAAAGAGCAAGGGCAACUGAUGUGUCAAGACGAGUUUAUCGUGUGCUGUGGCAGAAAGAAGAAUCUGAGACACGUCUUUCUUUUUGAAGACCUCAUCUUGUUCAGCAAAACGAAAAAGAUCGACGGAGGGUACGACAUUUACAUGUACAAACAGUCAUUCAAGACAGCUGAGAUUGGAAUGACUGAGAAUGUUGGAGACAGCGGCCUGCGAUUUGAAAUCUGGUUCCGAAGGAGAAGGAAAUCCCAGGACACCUACAUCCUCCAGGCAAAUUCAGCUGACACAAAAAUUGUAUGGACUAAUAUCAUUGGCAAGAUUCUUUGGAGGCAAGCGUUGAGAAACCGAGAACUCCGAAUGCAAGAAAUGGUGUCCAUGGGCAUAGGGAACAAGCCAUUUAUGGAUAUCAAGCCCAGCGAUGCAGCUAUAAGUGACAGAGCGAUCGACUACAUCAUGAAAGGAGCAGAGUCAAGGACUCGCGCCUCCAUAGCCGUUUCUUCAUUUGACCAUCACUCCACGCCAUUUAAGAGGCCCCAUUCCACCAUUUCCACCAGCAGCACGUCUUCCUCGAGCAGCCAGUCCUCCUCUUCCAUCCUGGGCUCGCUGAACCUGCACGUCUACUCGACACCAUCUCAUCCCGGCUUGGCUGGGCCACCCUUCUAUCACUGGUCCUAUGACGUUAGGACUUGUAUUGAGGAAGAUGAGCUGGAGCAGGAGACCGGGAGCCAGCCCUCCAUGGUGACCGAAAGCUCUGAGUCAUCCCAGUGCACAUCUGGUGAAAGUUUAUGUGGGUUCAGCGGCUCUGCCCAGGUUGGGUUCUCUUCACUCCCCACCGCAGCGUUUCUGGAUGAAGAAGGUGCCUCCAACCCUGGUUCCAAGCCUGCAUCACAAGGCACAUCUCCUACCCUCUUGGAGAAGAGCCCCAGAUCAGAAGCCAGCCCGCAGUACACUACAGCUAACAAAACCUCUCAUAUUUUAGGCCUUUCAACCAUGGUUUGACACAGACAAUACAUUCCGAUGAUUUGGUGCUAAGUUCAUAAUGUGACCUUCUAAAACCGGAACUUUUCGGCGCCGGUGGCUCCGUGGAUUCCAGCUGAUGCUCUUCUGAGAUGGGAAUUUGUCAUUGUUUGUAUGUAAGAAGUACAUUUUUUGUUUUGUUUUUCUUCAACCUGGACCUGAAUUUUGUAUAUGGUUGAUGAGAUUUAGAUGUUAUUAUAUUUCUGGCAAAUCCUGUAAAUGCAGAAAAAAAGCAUUAUGUGUAUAAUUUUAAAAAGUUGUCAUUGAUGGUCAUAAAUAUUUUAUUGUGUCA